AUGAUGAACAACAACGGUGGCGGCUUUUAUCCAUCGCCGUAUACAUCAACGCCUUUAAAUGGAAUUAGGAGUAAUUUUAACGUAGUAACUCCUCCGGCUGUUCCAUCGUAUUAUAAUCUACCAUUUCAACAAGGUCAACAAGCGUAUCAAAAUUCUCAACAACGUUUAAUAAAUCAACAAAAUCAUGAAAAUACUCCCAAGCUUCUUUUAUUUAAAUUCUAUGAUUUAGAUAAAAAUAAUGACAAUGAAAUAGUUCGACUUAUAUUUUCAUUUGUUGGUGUCACUUAUAAGAAUAAGCGUUAUCAACAGGACGAAUGGAAUAAAGUCAAAGAGCAAAUGCAAUUUGAAAACUUGCCAAUAUUACGAACAAAUAAUCAAUUUAAAAUUUUUCAAAUAAAUACUAUUAUACGAUAUCUAGCACGAGAAUUUCAUUUAAAUGGUAUGGGCCAAGGUGAUCAUGUUAUUAUUGAUAUGGUUCAUGAAACAGUGCGUGAAUUUCGAGAAAAAAUCUUCGAUCAAAAUAAGGAUGACUCUACUGAUUUUGAACAAAAAUUACGCCAAAUUAUAGCAGAUCAUUCACCAACAUAUUUAAAACAAUUGGAAAAAUACUAUGAAAUAUUUAAUCGUCCUGGCCCAUUUUAUUUAGGUUCACAUCCGUCAUUAGCAGAUUUACUUGUCUAUGAUACGAUAAAUUAUUUAAUUAAAGUGGAUAAAAAAAUUCUUGAUAAUUAUUCUCGUUUGAAAGAUACACGUCGACGUUUAGAAAAGCAUCCGCGAUUAAUUAAUUAUCUUAAUGCAAAAAAUAAUAAUAAUGAAAAUAAAAGUCAGGAUCAAACAGUUACACUACCACAACGUAACAGAACAAAGUCACCAAUACAAAAUGGAACAUCUCAUCAACAUCGACAUCAAUCACACGAACAACAAGAAGCUCUUAAUCGUCGCCAUCAUCACCAUCAUCACCAUCAUCAUCAUCAUCAUGGACAUCAUUCAAAAGAGCCAACGCCAGUUACACCAAAGAAACAUCAAGAAGUGAGACAAUCAAAUUCACCUAGUAUUUCAAAGAAAGAAAAAGAAUCAACAUCACUUCGACAAAGUAAACAACGAUCCAUACGAUCAUCAAAUUCACCGAAUAAUUCAAUCAAAGAUAAAGAACUUACAACACUUUCGCAAGCGAAAAAACGAUCUGUAAGAUCAUCGAAAUCACCAAACAAUCUAACGAAAGAUAAAGAUUCGAAAUCGCCAAACAAUCUAACGAAAGAUAAAGAUUCGACGCCACCAUCACAAACCAAACAACGAUCGUCAAAUUCGCCCGUUAGCUCAACAAAAGAUAAAGAAUCGACGCCACCAUCACAGACCAAACAAAAAUCAGUAAGAUCAUCAAAAUCACCAAGUACGUCAAACACAGAAAAAGAAGCAACACCAUUACGAACAACUGAUGUUCCACCUCCACCACCAGUACCAGUACCAACAACAGCAACAGUACCAAUGCCACCGGCUACCACUGAAAAUAAAUCUCGAUCGAAACAAAAUUAA